ACGAUUGAGAAAUCUAUGUUUUGACAUAAUUUAAAAUUUUCCAAAGAAUAUUAUUAUAUCAAUAUUUAUUAAUAAUAGGUAAAUUAUAUAUUUUAAUUUUGUAAAGUAAAAAGCAGAGAUCGAUUUAUCAUCCUUUCCACAUAUCCUAUGGUACCGUCUACAUCUCGUAUUUUACGCAUAUUCAUUUAAUUUAAAUAAGCAACGAAUAUGUCGGAAAGGCUGAAGAAUACGAACAUUUCAAAUGAGGAGGUGAUCGAUGACCUCACUAAAGACUUGCAGUUUGCUUUAAAAACCGAAGACAAGGAUAAUGUUAUUGAACCAGACAACAAAGCGAACACCUCACACUCUUCGGAUAAUACUUUUCAAGACAUUCCUGUAGAAGAUGAUCAGGAGACAACAGAGAAACAUGAUGAUGAGGAAAAAUAUGAGAGUGAUACAGAUUCAAUAGACGAAGUAUCAUUGAAAGAUGCCGAGUUAGAUUUAACAGAUGACGAAAAGGAAGAAAGGAGAACAAUAGCUGAGGGGUUAAAAGUUGCCGGGAAUGAUGCGUUUAAAGUUUCAGAAUAUGAGAGGAGUAUAGAGAAAUAUACAGAGGGUUUAAAAAUAUGUCCGUUACAAUUCACCCAACAGAGAUCCGUUUUAUAUUGCAACAGAAGUGCCGCUAAGAUAAAGCUGGCGAAACAUAAGUCCGCCAUCAGAGAUUGUAACAAGGCAAUUGAGCUAGAUGACAAAUAUAUUAAAGCAUAUUUAAGGAGAGCACAUUCCUAUGAAGCCACAGAGAAGUUAGACGAAAGCUUAGCAGAUUAUAAAAAGGUUUUAGAGCUAGAUCCGGGCCACAGAGAAGCUAACAUCGCAGUCCAUAGACUACCGCCGCUGAUAGAGGAGAGAAAUGAGAAAUUGAAAACAGAAAUGUUAGGGAAAUUAAAAGAUUUGGGAAAUAUGAUUUUGAAGCCUUUCGGUUUGUCCACAAAUAAUUUUCAACUUGAACAAGACCCAGAUAGUAAAGGUUAUAAAAUUAAUUUUAAGCAAUAAAGACAUAUGAUUUGC